CCCCCCCCCCCCUCCCUCUCUCUCUCCCUCCAAUCCGCCUCCCCCUCCCCUUCCUCCUCCUUGGUUCCCUCCCUCCGCUAGGUCCGAGGAAAAGCGCCUGCCUCCGCCAGCCCGCCUCCCCUUGCCAUGGAUGGGUGGGGGCCAGUAUCCAAUGUCCCAACCCGUUUCUCAGUCGGGGCUGACAAUCCGCCGGCGGUCAUCGGCAGCUUCGAUGACUUUGGUGACGAUGCCGCCGACUUCGGGGGCCAGCUGACCGGGGAUGUCUUUCCUUCGCCCUCCUCCUCCUCGGUGUCGUCGGUCCUGUCGCCGGAUCUCGCCGGUCUGAGAUCGUCUGUCGGGCCCGAUGACGAUUUCGCCGGCCACGAUGAGGACGAGUGGACCAUCUCGCCGGCUUUGGCCGAGGCCCUCGAUCUUCAGGACCAAAUCACUCCCGCCUCGUCGGCGCCCCGGUCAUCUGACAGCAAGCCCGGCUCCUCACCCUCUUCAUCGCAGGCGUCCUCCCCCCUGCUGACGACGAGGUCCACCACGCCACCCAAGGCCGAUGCCCUCAACGCAUCUCUCAAGAAGGAUGGCCCUCUGCCGGCUGAUGCGCCCCCCGCCACUGGAAUGCCGCCGGCGCCGUCAUCCGGCUCAUCGACCUCAAGGCCCACGGCGGGACCCGUCGAUGUGCAUACGGGCCUCCCUCGUGGCCGUGCCGGUGCCACUCCGAAUGCCGCGUCCCUGGCCGCACGGCCGGGCAUCGGCAAGCGGCGCCUUUCGCUGGUCGGCGACGAGGCCAAGGAGGACACACGCUCAGUUCGGUCACGCUCCUCGGCCUCCCUGGCCGCCGGGGCCGGGGCCUCCCCGCCGAGUCCGACUGGUUCGCCGACAGCUCGAUCGGCAGCGACCUAUCCACCAUGUCCAUGGCCGAACUGGUUGAGUCUUCGAAGCACGUGAAAAAGGCCCCAUCCUCCAGCAGCAAGGGCGGCCAGGCCCGCCAACGCAAUGCCAAUCGCCCGCCCCCCGAGCCGAAGCCCUUCAUUCCGCGAGUGGUGUGCAAGUACUUCAUGGAGGGCAAGUGCGGCCGCGGGACCGAGUGCACUUUCUCCCACAAUGCCAUCCCCGACAAGCCGAUGGACACCUGCCGGUACUUCCUGUCUGGCAGCUGCAAGCGUGGCGACAACUGCGUCUUCUCCCAUGAUCUCAAGUCCAUCAGCUGCCGGUUCUACUUCAGCAACAACAUCUGCCACAUGGGCCACAACUGCCGGUUUUCCCACACCAUUCCACCCGGGUCGUCGGAUGGCGAUGUGUCGGCCUCCUCCUCGCCGCUGCUGAUCCCCGGGCUGACCCCCUCACCGGAGCUGGUGGCUCACCAGCUGGAUGUCAUGCUUGGCCCGGUCGGCCGGCCAGGCCAUGGUGGCGGUCCCCUGCCGCCUGUCCCCCCGCCGGGGAUCUCCCCUUCGCCCUCCUGUCCGAGUCUCCCUCCCGGAGCCGGUCUGCCCUCCUCCGGCGGGUCGCUGCUGCACUCGUCCUCUUCGCCGGGGCUCCUGUCACCGCACUCCUCCUCGCCCUUGUCCCCGGCGCUGAUCGACUUGCCGGCCGUUGGUGGGGUUGCCCGGCCUGGCGGGCCGCCGCCGCCGCCGCCG